CUCUCUCUCUCUCUCCAAUUCCUUUAAAUUUUGCUCCCCCCCCCAACUUCGCAGGGCAUUGCUUUUUGCAAAAUCUUGGCCCCGCCUCUGAUCACAUGCAUAUUAUAUAGUUCAGCAUUAUUCUUUAAAUUUCAUUGUAUUUCUGGGUUUGGGUUUCGCUUUUCAUAUCAUUCAAAUUCUUCAGCCCUGACUCCUUUUGUUCUCGUCUCUUUCCCCUGUUUUCCCUUCUAUUUUAUGCCCAUUAAUUUUCUUUUGUCCGAAAGCUUUAUCCCAAGAGCUUUAUUUUGAUCAAGAUCAACUACCAUGGCGGAUGAGAGGAAACCAAACAAGGAAACUGAAUCGGUUUCGGUUCAAGCUCCGGUGGAAAGGAAAAACAAGCUUCCUAACUUUCUCUUAUCCGUUAGACUCAAGUAUGUGAAGCUCGGGUACCACUACCUAAUCUCCAACGCCAUGUAUCUCUUGCUUGUGCCGCUGCUGGGCAUAGCUUCGGCUCAUCUCUCAACCUUCACUGUCGAAGAAUUCUUCCAUUUAUGGCAGAACUUAAAGUUCCAUUUUGUGUCGGUGACUGUCUGCUCAUGUCUGAUGGUUUUCUUCGCCACCCUCUACUUUACGAGCCGUCCCAGAAAAGUUUACCUUGUAAACUUCGCGUGUUACAAGCCGGAACAGGAGCGAAUGUGCACUAGGGAGAUUUUCAUGGAAAGAUCUACUCUAACAGGGAGUUUUUCAGAGGAAAACUUGGCCUUCCAAAAAAAGAUUUUGGAGAGGUCGGGGCUGGGACAGAAGACCUACUUGCCGGAGGCAGUAUUGAGAGUCCCGCCCAAUCCCUGCAUGGCGGAGGCAAGGAAGGAGGCCGAGACCGUGAUGUUCGGAGCCAUUGACGAGCUUUUGGGAAAGACGGGAGUGAGGGCUAAGGAUAUAGGGAUUCUUGUGGUGAAUUGUAGCUUGUUUAAUCCAACUCCGUCGCUGUCCGCCAUGAUUGUGAAUCACUACAAUCUCAGAGGGAACAUUUUGAGCUAUAAUCUGGGUGGUAUGGGUUGCAGUGCUGGGCUUCUUUCUAUAGACCUUGCUAAACAGCUGCUACAGGUGCACCCCAACUCUUAUGCCCUAGUAGUGAGCAUGGAGAACAUCACUCUCAACUGGUACUUUGGCAAUGACCGGUCGAUGCUCGUCUCCAAUUGCCUUUUCCGCAUGGGCGGCGCGGCCAUCCUUCUAUCCAACCGAUCGUCUGAUCGCCGCCGCUCAAAGUACCAACUCGUCCACACGGUACGCACCCACAAGGGUUCAGAUGACAAGUGUUACAAUUGUGUCUUACAAAGAGAGGAUGAAACCAAAAGAAUUGGUGUGUCACUCUCGAAAGAUCUAAUGGCAGUUGCCGGAGAAGCCCUCAAAACCAACAUCACCACACUUGGGCCUUUGGUCCUUCCCAUGUCCGAACAACUGCUAUUUUUUGCAACUUUGGUGGGAAGAAAAAUUCUUAAAAUGAAACUUAAGCCCUAUAUUCCAGAUUUUAAGCUCGCUUUCGAGCACUUCUGCAUUCAUGCCGGAGGGAGAGCAGUGCUAGACGAGCUAGAAAAGAACCUUGAGCUCACUGACUGGCAUAUGGAGCCAUCGAGAAUGACUCUUAAUAGGUUUGGGAACACUUCUAGCAGUUCUUUGUGGUAUGAGUUGGCUUACUCUGAGGCUAAGGGUAGGAUCAGGAAGGGUGAUCGGACAUGGCAGAUUGCUUUCGGUUCGGGAUUUAAAUGUAACAGUGCUGUAUGGCGUGCAUUGAAGACCAUUGAUCCGGCUAAGGAGAAGAGUCCUUGGAUGGAUGAGAUUCAUGAGUUCCCAGUUCAUGUUCCGAAAGUGGAAUCCAUUAAUAUUGUUUCGAGAAAUUAAAUAUUGAAAGUGGCAAUGCAUCCAUUGUUCUGAAACUUGAAGCUGGUUUCAUUAUUGGGAUCGAGGAAUUUGGGUCUAUUAAUAAUUCCCCAAAGGCAACACCUCACUUCAUUUUCUUUUCUAUUUUUAUGUUGGACUGAUUUUUUUCCCCUUUUUGGUCUGAUUGUCUUGGAUGAUCAUAUGUGAUUUAUGGUACUUGAAAUCAAUCCCCUGCACCAUCAAUUUCUUGUUUUU